UCACAAUGAUCGCCUCGCGAGAAUCCGACUGAAUUGCUAGCUGCUACAACACUACCAAAACAGUGCUUCUGCAAAUCGCAUUAUCCGUGUGAACGCAAUGAAUACCGUCGAAGUCCUUGAGGAGGGAGAAAAGCUAAGACAUCGCCCGUUUUUGAUUGGGGUUAGCGGAGGAACGGCCAGUGGAAAGUCCACAGUUUGUGCGAAGAUCAUGGAGCUCCUUGGCCAAAACAAGGUGGACCACCGCCAGAGGAAAGUAGCCAUCAUCAGCCAGGACAGCUUCUACAAAGUCCUGACCCCAGAUCAGAAGGCAAAAGCUCUUAAAGGCCAGUACAACUUUGAUCACCCAGAGGCAUUCGACAAUGAAUUAAUGUACAAAACUUUAAAGGAUAUUGUGGAAGGAAACGUGGUUGAAGUUCCAACAUAUGACUUUGUCACCCACUCCAGGUUGGAAGACAGGAUCACCUUUUACCCAGCAGAUGUGGUCCUCUUUGAGGGGAUUCUGGUUUUCUACCCACAGAAAGUGCGUGAAAUGUUUCACAUGAAGCUCUUUGUGGACACUGAUUCAGAUGUCCGACUGUCUCGCAGAGUCCUGCGAGACAUGAGCAGAGGGAGAGACCUGGAUCAGAUUCUCAAUCAGUACACGACUUUUGUAAAGCCUGCUUUUGAGGAGUUUUGUUUGCCUACCAAGAAAUACGCAGACGUCAUCAUUCCAAGGGGAGUUGAUAAUAUGGUGGCCAUCAACCUGAUUGUGCAGCACAUCCAAGACAUUCUGAAUGGGGAUAUUUGCAAAUGGCAGCGUGGCUCCGCUAACGGACGAGGCUUCAAACGGAUGAGCUCUGAGCAGAGUGACCUGCAGAACGGAUCCACUAACCCUCCAACGAAGAGAGCUCUGCUGGAGCCCAGCAGUCGGCCUCACUGAGACGCGUAUGUAAAUGGAAGGAUUUGGACUAGAAUUUGAGUCAAAAUUGCUGCUGUUGUUUGCAGAAAGGGUUCGAAACUGUCGCCUUUUGUAGUUUUAAAACCGGUAAUAAUCCAGUGUUGCAAUUAUUCAAGCCUGCAACCUUAUUUUAUCAUAAUUACUGCUGUGUAACCAGUAUUAUCAUAGCAAAUAGUCUUCCAUAAUAGUUUUUGUACAUUAUUAUAUAUACUGUAUAUAUGUGUGUGUAAUUCUUGAAAUUAUAAACAUGACCUGUUACCGAAUGGGUCUUGUAAUUGAGGGUAGGAUUAGUUUAAUUUAAGUCAUGCUUUUGCACUUUAGUGAUCACAUAGGACUUAAUAUUAUUUAAUAUUUCAAAUGUUAACUUGUUUGUGUAGUCUUUUGUAUUCAUCACAUGUUGUGCUAGAUGGGUAUUUUUAAAACUUAUAAAUCAUUUUUAUUUUUUUUGUUAAGGCAGCCAAAACUCCAAGCUUUAAGGCGGUGCUCUCAAACAGUUACAGCUUGGUGAGACCAAACAACACUUAGAAGAGGGAUUUGUAUGAGAGUUCAGCUUCCAUAAAUGGAGCAUCCCUUUGUAAUUUCAAAAAUGUUGUUUGAAUAAAGCUCGUCAGACAAGUAGUAAAAUUAUCUUCUCAAAACAAACUUAAAAAUCACAUUUCAUGCCCUGCAUAGAUUGUUGUUUUUUUCUGGUUCAUGCCUUAUUUCCCCAUUUACUGUAUGUAAUAUAAUGAAUUAAAUUCUUUUCUGAUGUA